AUGUUGUCGACGAAAACAAAGGAGGAGCCUUUUGAGAGCAGGACCUUCACCUCUGCCCUCACGUUCAAGAGAGGGCGUCCAAGUGUCUCUCCCCCUGGAACCACACCCCUCCCCCCCAGCUGCGACUCCCCUGGACUGGGCUGCCCAGAGGAGUUGUUCUACCGGAUUCAUUUUGUGGUGAGCGACGGCGGCUCGGCAUCGAACCCGAGUGACGUGGAGCGAGCUGUGGUUCUCUGGCUCAAUCAGACGUUUCAGAACUGGACCCACUCUGUCUCCGUAGAUCACGUCCGAGUCCAGCAGGGGGCAGCGAGUGGAGGAAACCCCACCAGUUACUCGUGUCAGGCUCUGCUGGUUUAUUACUUCACCGCUAACGAGAGUCUGGCUGAAGCUGCUGUCUCCACCCGGCUGAGCAGCAGAGAGGGACUCAUGGCUGCCGCUGGGCUGCAGAUCAAACACGCCCCCGAGGACGUUCAGUUAAUAGAAAACUGUCCAGAGGAGAAUCCUCUCCCGUACCGCUGGCCUGAGAGUCGACCCACUGUGACCAGGCACCUGCCCUGUUUCCCCAACAAGGACCAGAGCACGUCCAGGACCUGUUUGAUCAAUGCUCAGAACUUCUCCUCCUACUGGUCAGCUUCCGACACCAGUAACUGCACGGACAUCGACACCAUCGAGGUGUCAGCAGAAAACGCAGCUGAGGUGGCGGAGCAGCUCGCUAACAUCACCAACACGGAGCUGCCCAGCGAGGAGGUGUCCAAAGUGGUGUUGAAGGUCCAGGAGCUGGUGAACGUGGCAAAGAUCAACGUGUCGCUGGCGAACACGGUGAUCACCAUCAUCUCCAACGUGAUGAGCAGCUCGGAGACGGCGCUCGCUGCCACGUCCGAGAGGGCUCUGAAGACGGUGGACGAGCUGGUCCAGAAGAUCGAGUUCGAGGGGCCGUCCCUCAGCAUCAGCUCCAGACACUUGGCUCUGGGGAUAUCGAACCUGAACGUCAGCACGUUCAACGGCACGUCCUUCAGCGCCUUCAUCCCCCCCAACGCCACCGACCCGCAGGUGGUGUUCGAGUCGGAGCGCCUCCACCCUCUGGCUCAGGUCACUCUUCCGUCCUCGUUGCUGUCCAGCGUCUCGCUGAGCGAGUCCGACCGGGCGUCUCUGUCCAGGAUCAACUUCAUGUUCUUCAAGAAGACCAACCUGUUCCAGAGGGAGCAGGACGGACGCUCUCUCAGCAGCUUCGUGGUGGCGAGCAGCGUCGGCAACUUGUCCAUCAGGGACCUGACGGAGCCGGUGGAGAUCCACAUCGCUCACGUGUCCCAGCAGUUCUCCUCCCGUCCAGUGUGUAUGUUCUGGGACUUCAGCUUCAACAAUGGCGGUGGAGGCUGGAACGGAGACGGCUGCAGAGUGUCCAAAGAAUCCAGCGUCAACAAAACCAUCUGUCUGUGUGAUCACCUGACACACUUCGGCAUCCUGAUGGACAUCUCCGGAGUUUCAGCCCACAUCGACUCAAGGAACAACAAGAUCCUGACCUUCAUCACCUACAUCGGCUGCGGCAUCUCCGCCAUCUUCUCUGCCGCCACGCUGCUCACCUACAUCGCCUUCGAAAAGAUCAGACGUGACUACCCGUCGAAGAUCCUGAUGAACCUCAGCACGUCCCUGCUCUUCCUGAACAUGUGCUUCCUGCUGGACGGCUGGUUGGCCAGUCUGGAGAAGCGCUGGCUGUGCUUGUCCGUGGCCGUCUUCCUGCACUACUUCCUGCUGACCUCCUUCACCUGGAUGGGCCUGGAGUCCGUCCACAUGUACAUCGCCCUGGUCAAGGUCUUCAACACCUACAUACGAAGAUACAUCCUCAAGUUCUGCAUCGUCGGCUGGGGCCUCCCGGCGCUGGUGGUGGGGGUGGUCAUCGCGGUGGAUAAGAACUCUUACGGGCUGCAGGAGUACGGCAAAGGAGAGUCAGGAGACGGGUCCUCCGAGCUCUGUUGGAUCCAGAGUCCUGUUGUGUUCUACACCACCUGUGUGGGUUACUUCUGUGUGGUGUUCCUUCUGAACGUGGCCAUGUUCAUCGUGGUGAUGCUGCAGAUCUGCGGCCGCAACGGCAAACGCAGCAACCGCUCACUGCGAGAGGAGGUCCUGAGGAACCUGCGCAGCGUCAUCAGCCUCUCCUUCCUGCUGGGCAUGACGUGGGGCUUCGCUCUGUUCGCCUGGGGACCCGUCAGCCUGGCCUUCAUGUACCUCUUCGCCAUCUUCAACUCGCUGCAGGGUCUGUUCAUCUUCAUCUUCCACUGCGCCCUGAAGGAGAACGUCCAGAAGCAGUGGAGGAGAUACCUGUGCUGCGGCCGGUUCAAGCUGUCGGACAACUCAGACUGGAGUAAGACGGCCACCAACAACACCAAGAAGGUGAGCUCAGAGAACCUGGGCAAGUCCCUGUCGUCCAGCUCGUUCGGCUCCAGCACGGCCAACUGGACGUCUAAAGCUAAAGCUACACUCAACCCGUUCAGCAAGCGACACAGCACCACAG